CUCGAGCACCUGCACUGCACGGUGUGCACCAGUUACCUACGAGUACGGUAGGACGUACCAGUACUAGUAGGGCCCUGGACCCUUAUCCCUACCCCUACCCCUACCCCUGUCUAGUCCAAAUUUAUGAGCGCAGAGGGGACCUGGGCUAUCGCUGUCACUCUACUGGUGUGGACACCAAUGGUCUCACUGCUUUGCAAAUUUACCCCCUCCAUGAUAAUUUGUCCUCGUCUUUCAUUUGCGCCCUACGCCAUCCUUCCACUCCCCCCAUACAUCUGUUGCCUCGACAGCAGACGGGGACAUCUUUUCUAUUUGUGCGAGACUUCAACCUCAAUUCUACCCACGAGUCUUCUACAAACCAACCCCUCACCCUCACCCUCAAAUCCCACCCCGCAGAAAAGAACCCUUAGACUGCACAACCACCCAACAUGGCCGACAUGUACGUAUCACCACCAUCAACGAGAACCCAGAGCACACCUAUACUCUCGCCAAUGGUUCACACUAAUAUAAAAUCGAUAGUAACGUCGACGUUCUUGUGAUCGGUGCUGGCCCAACAGGUCUUGGAGCAGCAAAGCGUCUGAACCAGAUUGUGAGCUGGCCUCUACACCGCCAGUGCCAACCCCAUUUGCUAACCCGUGGAAAAGAACUCGCCGUCAUGGAUGAUUAUUGACAGCAACGAGACUCCUGGUGGACUUGCUUCAACAGAUGUCACCCCAGAAGGCUUCGUAAGUCGGGUCUCUCGAACCAAUGUCGCCAUAUGGAUUGGCUAACGGGUUACGAUAGCUCUACGAUGUUGGCGGACACGUUAUCUUUUCUCACUACAAGUACUUUGACGACUGCAUCGACGAGGCCCUGCCCAAGGCAGAGGAUUGGUACACCCACCAGCGAAUCUCAUAUGUGCGCCUGAAGAGGACUUGGGUGCCAUACCCUCUACAAAACAAUGUGUCAAUGCUACCACAAGAAGACAAGCUCCGAUGUGUGGAUGGUAUGAUUGAUGCUGCUCUUGCCGCUCGCACAGCAACCACGAAGCCAAAGGACUUUGACGAGUGGAUUGUUCGAAUGAUGGGAGAGGGACUCGCAGACAUUUUCAUGAGACCCUACAACUUCAAAGUCUGGGCCGUUCCCACCACCAAGGUAGGAGAUCCAUACACGGCAUCCCAUGGCAAAACUAACAUUCGUCUUGGGUAGAUGCAAUGCCAAUGGCUCGGUGAGCGUGUCGCAGCACCUGAUGUCAAGACCUGCGUUAAGAAUGUCAUCUUGAACAAAUCUGCUGGAAAUUGGGGCCCUAACGCCACUUUCCGAUUCCCUGCCCGUGAUGGGACUGGUGGUAUCUGGAUUGCGGUCGCAAACACUUUGCCCAAGGAAAAGACCCUCUUUGGUAAACAAGGAGAGGUGUCCAAGGUCAAUGCCGAUGCCCACACCGUUACCUUGAAGGGCGGAAAGACAAUUGGAUACAAGAAGUUGAUUACCACCAUGGCAGUUGAUCAGCUCGUCGAGCAGAUGGAAGACAAGGAGCUGAUUUCGUUGAGCAAGGGUCUUUACUAUUCCUCCACCCACGUCAUUGGUGUAGGUAUUCGAGGCGCCCGACCGGAACGCAUUGGUGACAAGUGCUGGCUCUAUUUCCCUGAGGACGAUUGCCCAUUCUACAGAGCUACCAUCUUCUCCAAUUACUCACCCUACAACCAGCCCGAAAAAUCCGUCAAACUUGCAACCAAAUAUCUUGCCGAUGGUAGCAAGCCAGCAUCCACGGAGCCACAAGAAGGCCCAUACUGGUCCAUCAUGUUGGAAAUUUCCGAGUCCGGCAUGAAGCCAGUCGACCAGGAGAAUAUCUUGAGAGAUUCCAUCCAAGGACUCAUCAACACUGAGAUGAUCAACGCAGAUGACGAGAUCGUUUCCACCUACCACCGUCGUUUCGACCACGGAUACCCAACUCCUGCCCUCGAGCGAGAAGGUGUUCUCACGGAGCUUCUGCCUAGGCUACAGGCCAAGGACAUCUAUUCCCGUGGUCGUUUCGGGAGCUGGAGAUACGAAGUUGGUAAGUUUGCGAGAUGUUGGAUUUGCAAUGAGCCUGGCUAAUUUGUUGUAGGCAACCAAGAUCACUCGUUCAUGCUGGGUGUCGAGGCUGCUGACCAUAUUGUCAACGGCGCGGUUGAAUUGACAUUAAACUACCCCGAUUUUGUCAAUGGGCGCCAGAACACGGAGCGACGACUUGUGGAGGGUAGCCAAAUCUUCGGAGCCUCCAAGGAGCUACCUACGCACGCAAGAACAUCUUCCAAGAGCACCAAAUAAACGAUCAGAUGAGUUGUUGGAUGCUGUCCAUGUUCGCUAGAAUUUAGUCAUUGUGGAUGGUCCAUGGAUGGUUCGCCAUUUGAAGAAUUGUGUUCUGUUUCCACUUUUGGCUUUGCGCAAGAAGGCAGCAUUGUAUGGAGGAUAUGCGGAUAGAUUUGUUUCUGGCGUAGUUACAUUUCUGUGAUUGCAUGUUGUAGCAUACGCGAGCGUGCUAGAGAGCGAGAAGUACAAAGAAUCCGCGGCUUCAUGAGCAUGGUUCAUGAAGAGGCAUAGAGAAUAGAUG